UCUUUCCAUUCCCUUUCCCACCUUGUUCCUCACCCUCUUUUUACUUUUCUUCUCUAACCUCUCUCUCUCUCUCUCCCUCUCACACCCAUAAUUGAGAAGAGAGAGAAAGAAGAAGAACAGAGGUUGAAGACAUGAUUGAUUCAGAUGGUUUUAGCUACCAUCAAUGGUAUGGACCCUCUUUUGUCUCCCACCAAUCCUCUGAUUAACUUUCCAUUGUCUUCUUCUUCCUGAUCUUAGAACAAACCAUCUUUUCGUUCUUCUAUAGUACCAUUUUCUUUCUUCUUCAUCAUAACAUACCAUAAGGGAUGUCAUUUCAGGCAGCUUCUCAUAUCCGAAGAGAUGGGUUGUAUAUAAAUAGGAGAAGAACAUAGUACUUCUAGCGCCAACAGCGUAUAUUUAAGUUGUUGCGGUUAAAAAGCUCGUAGGCAUAUUAGACCUUAGCUGCAAUGGCGGGGAUGCUUCCUGGUGUGGAAUGUGCUCGAAGAAGACGAGUCCAUCAGAGCAGCGAAUCGCCAAGUCUGGCUAAUACAAAUGGCUGCACCAGACGCUCAUCUUUUUGCUUGUAUGCUAGCAACCAUGAAACACACCAAACCUCAACUUUUUCUCUGCAAAGAAGCAUGUUGAACCAGGCUUCAUACAAGGAUGAGAAGCUAGGAGAGGAAGCCAGAGUUGCCAAAGAGAGAUUAGAUGAAAGAUUGAGAACACAAAGAAAAUCACAACCCAAAAGGCUAAUUAGCAAAGAAGGAUCACUGAGUAGUGUUGAUGAUGCAAGAUCUACCAUGAUUCUGAGGGAGUUGCAGAGAGAAGUGUAUGGAUCAAAGAAGACUACUAGGACUGGGUCAAGAAAGUUCAGCUGGGCCAAGUUCAGCUGGAAGUCAUCUGACCAAGAUGAGUGCGCUGUUUGCCUUGAGAGGUUCAGGCCUGGUGAGACUCUGGUGCACCUGCCUUGCGCACAUAGGUUCCAUUCUGAGUGUAUGGUCCCAUGGCUAGAGAACAAUGCUCAUUGCCCUUGUUGUAGAAUGGGGAUAGCUAUAGUGUCCCAGUAAAUUUACUUCUCUUUAAUUUGUUUUAAUUAUCUGUAAUGAUCGAGGCUUGCAGUUGUAGGGUUGGUGUGGAUCAGAAUGUUGACUUUAUGGGGCUUUAGCUUGUAUCCACCAUAUGAUUUUGUUGAAGAAAGAACGAAAGAUUAGCAAGAACUCUGUGUGAGUGAAAUUAUGUAUAUACUAUAUGGUUGGUAGUUUCAAGGUGCUUCA